AUGUAUGUAUGUACCUCCUUAGUGUGUGUAUGGACGUCUCCCCCUCUCAUGUCUCCCUGUGUGUUGCAGUGGACGGCGGCUGGGGCCCGUGGAGCCUGUGGACGGCGUGCGGCGUGGACUGCGGGCGCCAGCGGAGCCGGGACUGCGCCGAGCCCGAGCCGCGGCACGGGGGCCGGCCCUGCGACGGUCCCGGGCUGGGGGGCGACAACUGCACCGGGGGCCUCUGCAUACAGAAUGGAAAGCUGCUUCAUGACAUCAAGCCACAAGAGGUGGAGAGCAGCAGUGACGUGGUGCUGUACUCUGGGCUGAGUGCGGGGGUCCUGAUGGUGGUGGUCCUGAUCGUGGUGGUCACUCUCUACCAGAGGAGCUACAGCGAGUACAGCGUGGACGUCAUCGACUCCUCCGCCCUCACCGGCGGCUUCCAGUCCUUCACCUACAAGACGUCCCGCCAAGUGUGGUCAGGAAACCCCCUCCUGAUGAACUCGUCCAUGCAGCCUGACCUGAGCGGGUCGUGGACCUACACCAGCCCCAUGUGCUUUCAGGACUCCAUGGACAAGGAGCUGAUGGCCGACCACUCUCUGCUGGACCCGCUGCCCGACAUCAUGGUCAAAGUUCCCUAG